AAUAAUAUUAUUUACUUGGACAAAAUCAUAUUUUUUAAUGCCUUCCAGGUAGACAACAAGUAUUAUAAUGUAGACUCAUUGUUAGCCCAUGGAAAAUCCACAGGAAUUCACCUGUCGCCGUUGAUAAAUAUUCAUAUAUAUAUACAUAUAUAUAUCAAAUUUGUUAUGCAUAGUUAAAAGAUUUUUAUUAUUAUAUAUUUUUUUGUUUAAUAAUUUCUACUCUAUUUUCUCUAUGUUUUAGCAUUUCCUUUUAGAUGUCAAAUACAGAAUUAUUUCCCAUCAUUAGCCUCUCAUAUUUAGCAUUUGAAUAUGUGUCUGGAAGAAAAAACAAAGACCAAUUUCAUUCUGAUCCAACCAUUAUAUCCUUAGCAAAAGAAAUUAAAAAUGCAUUUAUGGAAUGGGGGUUUGUUUAUUUUGUUGAUCAUGGCAUAGGGAAAGAUGUCAUACAGAAAGCAUUUGAAACGUCAAAAGCAUUUUUUGAAUUGGAUUCAACAGUAAAACAAAAUUUUAAAUGGUAUAAUGACAAUAAGGAGAACUUUGGUUGGGUACCAUUCAAAAUAGAAACCGUUGAAAAUACCCGGCCUUUUGACUUAAAGGAAUGUUUUAAUUUUCUACCGGAUACUGUGCGGGAGUAUGAAAUUAAUCAACGUUUACCAACAUUUAUGAGAUCUCAGCGUGCAUUGUUGUGUUCUUGUCAACUACUAAGUGAAUUUAUUUUAAGAUUGAUAACUCUUGCUCUCCCUGUUGGCGAUAUGGAUUUUUUAAACACAAAGCAUACGUUUAAGGAUCCAGAACUGAAUGCAUCCAUUGCCAGACUUCUUUACUAUCCACCAAUCAAAAGUAAAGAAAAUGUUUUGGAAAAUCAGUUGAGAUGUGGAGAGCAUUCCGAUUAUGGAACAUUUACUUUUUUGUUUCAAGAUAAAGUUGGAGGUCUGCAGGUGUUAAGUCCUAGUGGAGAUUAUGUUGAUGCCACUCCUGUGCCAGACAGUGUCGUUGUCAAUAUAGGUGAUCUUUUGGAAAUCUGGAGUGGAGGAAAGUUUAAAUCAACCCGACAUCGAGUAGUUGUUCCUGACGAUAAUACAGAAAGUGCUCGUCAGUCUAUUGUUUAUUUUGUGCAUCCUGAUAAUAAUGUUAUGGUGUCUUGCCUAAAUGGUUCAAACAAAAAUGUGGCUGUUAACUCUUUGGAAUAUUUGCUGGAUAAGUACAAACAAACCUAUGCAUAAAUUUAAAGGUUUUCCAUUUUUCUAUUUCCCUAAACACAAGGCCAAGAAAUGUUUUUUGAGCAUAAUGUUUCAUUUUAAUUAAUUCCUUUUUUGUGUGUAUAGUAAUUGUAUUUUCUGUUUUAUAUAAGAGAAAGGUUGAAUUCUGAGGAUUUACAUGGGUUCGAAUUUAAAAGAAUUCUUGCAAAAGA